CAUUUUCCAUUCCAUCUCAUUCUCAGUCUUUGGGAGCUGCUUGACUUGGAAUAUUUCCAGUUUUAUAUUUUCUCGGAAAUUUUAAUAAAAAUUCGACACCAUGGACGGAGGAGGAUCCGGACUCACGUUGCAACUGAGAGGAACCCUGCGAGGUCAUAAUGGAUGGGUUACGCAAAUCGCGACGAAUCCAAAGGAUGAGAAUAUCCUGAUUUCUGCUUCUCGAGAUCGCACCCUGAUCGUGUGGAAGUUGACCCGUAACGAGAGCAAUUUUGGCGUGCCAAUUAAACGUCUGUAUGGUCAUUCUCACUUCGUCUCCGACGUGGUGCUCUCGUCCGAUGGCAACUUUGCCCUUUCUGGGUCAUGGGAUAAGACUCUGCGACUUUGGGAUUUGGCCGCUGGGAAGAGUACGCGACGAUUUGAAGAUCACACCAAGGAUGUGUUGAGCGUUGCAUUCUCUGCGGACAAUCGUCAAAUCGUGUCUGGUUCUCGGGACCACACCAUCAAGUUGUGGAACACUUUGGCUCAAUGCAAGUUCACGAUUCAAGAAGAGGGUCACUCCGACUGGGUGUCCUGUGUCAGGUUCAGCCCCAACAUUGCGCAACCCAUCAUUGUUUCUGCUGGAUGGGACAAGAGUGUCAAGGUAUGGAACUUGGCCAACUGCAAGCUGAAGGCUUCCCACGAUAAGCACGCCGGGUACUUGAACACGGUCACCGUUUCGCCAGACGGUUCCCUCUGCGCGUCAGGAGGAAAGGACUCUAAGGCCAUGUUGUGGGAUUUGCAUGAUGAGAAGCAUCUCUACACCUUGGACCAUAACGACAUCAUCAAUGCUCUGUGCUUCUCUCCUAAUCGGUACUGGCUCUGCGCCGCGACCGGACCUUCCAUCAAAAUCUGGGAUCUCGAAACGAAGAACAUGGUUGAUGAGUUGAAGCCAGAGGUCGUGUCCCAAACCGCGACAAAGAACGUGCAGCCCGACUGCCUCUCCCUUGCCUGGUCGAAUGAUGGACAAACUUUGUAUGCUGGAUACUCCGAUAACGCGAUUCGUGCUUGGCAGGUUUCGCAAACACUGAGUCGCAGUGUGAGUUAGACAGGUCACUAAGGACUGGAACAUCUAAUAUAUCUUUUGUUAUUCUUUCCGUUAUGCUUUAGAAAAAAUGGAAUAAAGUGAUGAAAUUGUAUUGUUGUUCCCAAUUGAGA